CUGCAACUCCUUCAAGACUUUGUAGGCUUUCUUGGACGAAGGCUGACGUGUUUCCUCCUUUACGGAUGUAAUACUGACCGCAUUGCUACGGCGAUUUUCCUCAUCGUUCUACCGAUUGGCUUUCUCAUUAAUAUCUUCGUGAUCAUGCCUGUUUGGUAUCCAGCAUUUGGUGAAGCUUGGGUUAUUCGUGUUCUUUGUUUUAUGCUCUUGGCAUUUAACGUGUACAUAAACUGGUAUAAGAUGGUAACCGUUGGACCAAGCGGAAUGGCUACUGUGCUUCCAAAUGUGGUCAAGGCAGGUUUUCGGUACGUAUAUUGCCAUUCUUGUCACACGAACGCUCCACCUCGUGCUUAUCAUUGUCCUGUAUGUGACAAAUGUUGCUUUCGCCGUGAUCAUCACUGUUCGUUUGGGGCAGUUUGUGUCGGACAUUUUAACCAGAGGUACUUUGUAGCCGCCGUUGUCAAUCUCCUGUUGCUCUGUAUUCCGCUCUUUCGGUAUACAUGGGACUUCGUCUGGAUUCGAAUCGAAGGUGGAUUUUCAAUGGGACGGUGUUGGCAAAUUCUCCUCCCACAUCUGGCUUUAAUGACUAGUUUUUUUUAUUUGAAUGUAUUUAAUUUCGUUGUAUCAGUUUUUCUAUAUUGUCUACUUGCUUUUGUUCGUAGCAUAUCUUGUUUUUGCACAAAUAUUUUUGAGUUCAUUUCGUUCGUAACGGGUAGUUAUUGUGGCUUACAUGCUUAUCAAAUGGGCUUUUUGGAUAACCUCAACCAAUGUCUCGGCUCGCGAUGGCCACUAAUCUUCAUUUCACCAUUUAUUCCGAGUCCUUUACCAUCGGAUGGAAUGACAUUUGUAACAAGGGAAAUCAAGGAAUACAAUGACCCGAAAUACUUAUAG